AUGACUUCCGCGCUCGAUGUCGCCACCGAGAAGCUAUCGAACCUCGGCAUCGACGCUUCCCCUCCGAAUCUUCAGAAGAAUCUCCACCUUCUGACAGCCGAACAGAUUGAGUUGGCGAAGAUCCUGUUGGAAACGGGACAGACUCAUUUGUUUGAGCAUUGGGCGGAGCCUGGUGUUGAUGAUGAGGAAAAGAAAGCUUUUUUCGAUCAGGUGACUCGGCUUAAUUCAAGCUAUCCAGGGGGUUUGGCAUCAUAUAUCAAAACUGCUAGAGAACUCUUAGCCGAUUCAAAAGCAGGAAAGAACCCAUUUGACGGCUACACACCUUCUGUUCCAACAGGUGAAACAUUGACUUUUGGUGAUGACAGCUUUAUCAGUUUUGAGGAGGCAGGUGUUAAAGAAGCUCGGAAAGCUGCAUUCGUUCUCGUUGCCGGUGGGCUUGGGGAACGUUUGGGAUACAAUGGGAUUAAGUUGGCUCUUCCAAGAGAAACCACAACAGGAACAUGCUUUUUACAGUAUUAUAUUGAGUCAAUUCUGGCUCUUCAAGAUGCUAACUCUAAACUUGCACCACCAGGUGAAUCCCAAACAAAAAUUCCUCUGGUUAUAAUGACAUCGGAUGAUACACAUUCUCGUACACUAGAGCUUUUAGAGUCAAAUUCUUAUUUCGGAAUGGAACCUACUCAAGUCAAACUUCUAAAGCAGGAAAAAGUAGCAUGCUUAGAUGAUAAUGAUGCCAGGCUUGCAGUGGACCCAUGUAACAAGUACAGGAUUCAGACCAAACCUCAUGGGCAUGGUGAUGUGCAUUCACUACUCUACUCUAGCGGCCUUCUAAAUAUUUGGCGUGAGGCUGGUUUGAGAUGGGUUCUGUUCUUCCAAGAUACUAAUGGACUUCUAUUCAAUGGAAUCCCAGCGGCAUUGGGUGUCAGUUUUACCAGACAAUACCAUGUUAACUCCCUAGCUGUGCCACGGAAAGCAAAAGAUGCAAUUGGAGGAAUUACCCGUCUUACUCAUGCUGAUGGGAGGACGAUGGUGAUCAAUGUGGAGUACAACCAGCUUGAUCCACUGCUUAGAGCAACUGGGUAUCCAGACGGUGAUGCCAAUUCUGAGACUGGCUAUUCUCCAUUCCCUGGGAAUAUCAACCAAUUAAUUUUGGAACUUGGUCCAUACAUUGAGGAGCUCACAAAAACAGGAGGUGCCAUAAAGGAGUUUGUUAACCCAAAAUACAAAGAUGCUAGCAAGACUUCAUUUAAGUCCUCGACUCGGUUAGAGUGUAUGAUGCAAGACUAUCCAAAAACUUUACCUCCAACUGCUAGGGUGGGAUUCACGGUAAUGGAACCAUGGCUUGCUUAUGCACCUGUGAAGAACAACCCUGAGGAUGCUGCUCGGGUACCAAAGGGAAAUCCAUAUCAUAGUGCAACUUCUGGAGAAAUGUUAGUUUAUCGUGCAAACAGCCUUAUUCUCAGAAAGGCCGGAGUCCAAGUUGCUGAUCCAGAACAACAGGUGUUCAAUGGUCAAGAAGUAGAAGUGUGGCCUCGUAUCACAUGGAAACCAAAAUGCGCUAUCACUUUUACAGGCAUAAAAAGCAAAGUCAGUGGAAGUUGCUCAAUUUCUCAGAGAUCCACAUUGGUUAUUAAGGGCCGCAACGUCUUUAUAAACGAUCUCUCCUUGGACGGGGCUCUUAUUAUUGAUCCUGCUGAUGAUGCAGAGGUAAAAGUGGAAGGUUCAGUUCAGAACAAGGGCUGGGUACUCGAACCUGUCGAUUACAAAGACACUUCGGUACCUGAGGAACUGAGGAUAAGGGGUUUCAGAAUCAACAAGAUUGAACAGCUGGAGAAGAACUAA